AUGGCCAAAACCCUCCAAUUUUUACUAUCUUCAUUUCUCCUCUAUGCAUCAAUUCUACUACAACAAACCCUAGCCACCAAAAUCAUCGUCACAAACAACUCCACCACUACCCCGGGCGGCAUCCGCUUCGACCGCGAAAUCGGCGUCGCCUUCACCAUCGCCACCGAGCAAUCCAUCAACCAAUUCAUCUGGAAGCUCUUCCGCCAAAACACCCCCGCCGACAGGAAAGACGUCCCCGUCCUAAACGUCGUCGUCAAGCGCCUCGACGACGACACGCUGGCGGAGACGGGCGGGGACAACAUCUACGUGAACGACAACGGCAUCAUGAGCUUCGGCGACGCCAGGUUCGACUUCACGGCGCUCAUGUACCACGAAACCACCCACAUUUUCCAGUGGUCGGGGCGGGGCACGGCACCGGGGGGAUUGACCGAGGGGAUUGCGGAUUAUGUGGUGAUGAAGUCGAAGUACUUUGUUUCCGAGGGGUAUACGAAGCCCGGGGAGGGGGGCCGGUGGGACGAGGGAUACGGCGUGACGGCUAGGUUUUUGGAGUAUUGUGAUGGUUUGAGGGAAGGGUUUACGGUGGAUUUGAAUAAUAAGAUGAGGGAGGUUUAUAAGGAUGAGUAUUUUCUUGAGAUGUUGGGGAAGCCUUUGGAUCAGGUUUGGAACGAGUAUAAGGCUAAAUAUGCAAAGUGA